AGGCCUUCGACGACCUCCCCGACGCGGACAAGACAAGGGUGCUGGAGCACAUUAUGGCCGAGCGGCACGUGGAGGGCGCCGUCUUCUCGCGCACCGAGCCUCGGCAUAAGCAGGUGAUCGUCAAGAUCCUGCGGUCGCUGGGCGAGAUUGCCGCGAUGACGGGCGACGGCGUCAACGACGCGCCAGCCCUCAAGCAGGCCGACAUCGGCAUAGCCAUGGGCCUCACCGGCACCGAGGUCGCGAAGGAGGCUUCCGACAUGGUCCUGGCGGACGACAACUUCUCCUCCAUCGUCUCCGCCGUCGAGGAGGGGCGGUCCAUCUACAACAACAUGAAGGCCUUCAUCCGCUACUUGAUCUCGUCAAACAUCGGUGAGGUGGCCUCCAUCUUCCUGACGGCCGCUCUCGGCAUCCCAGAAGGGCUUGCCCCGGUGCAGCUGCUAUGGGUGAACCUGGUGACCGACGGUCUCCCCGCCACCGCGCUGGGCUUCAACCCGCCAGACCUCAAUGUCAUGAUAAGGCCGCCACGGCGAAAGGAUGACAACCUCAUCUCGGGGUGGGUCUUUUUCAGGUACAUGGUGAUCGGCAUGUACGUGGGCGUGGCGACCGUGGGCAUCUUCGUAUACUGGUACUGCCUCGACCAGAGCGAGGAUCAGCACACGCUCGUUGACAUCGGCGAGCUCAUGACGUGGGGGUCGUGCUCGAAGUGGAACGGCUUCGCGCCCAAGGGCAUCCUCGGCAUGAGUUUCGAGAAGGAGCCGUGCUCGUUCUUCACCGCGGGCAAGGUGAAGGCGUCCACGCUGUCGCUGACCGUUCUGGUCAUCAUAGAGAUGCUGAACGCGCUGAACGCUUUGUCGGAGGACGGCUCGCUGCUGCAGAUGCCGCCGUGGGCGAACCCGUACCUCGUGGUGGCCUGCAUCGGGUCAGUGCUGGUCCACUUCGUGAUCCUCUACG